UUUCAGGGAAGCUGAUGGUACUAUAGUUUUGCUUUGAUUUGAUUAUUAAGACCUCGUUGGUUGCAGAUAGGAACAAGAAGGGGUUCCUUUGUGGUUGGGAUGGAGACGAGAGGGGGCGAUGACGAUGCAAUGGCUGGAUAAGCCAUGGGUGAUGCAUCCAAGGUCCAGGUGGUGCUCGAUGCAUCCAAGAAGCCACGGCGAGAGCGAGCCAGAGAUCUGCCGUUGUUGGUGGCGGCGGUCGGUUUAAUUAGGAGCGGCGCCGCCGCGAUUGACCGCCCGCCUCAAAUUCCGUUCCACGUGUGGCCUGCCCCAAGCCGCCACCAUGACCACCUUCUUCUUCCAACACUUCUUCUAGAUGCAUCUCCACUGUCGCCACCCCCUACCCUUCCCCUAUAAAUACUCUUCUAUUUGCCUCAGCUCCUUUGCUCUGCUUCCUCUGUUUCUCGUCUUACCUUCUUCCUCCUCAAAGACUUCGCCUUUGCGCGCGCGAGAGAUAUACUCUAGUGGAAAUUACUCAGUUACAGAGCUCAGAUUAAUUUGAGCAAUGGACCACCAGCUGCUGCAUCACGGCGGGGAAUCGACAGCGGCGAUGAGCCGGAGGCCGGUGGCGGCGGAGGCGGCGCUGAGGGCCGUGCAGAAGCCGCCCGCCAAGCCCUGGCGCGCCGCUGCUUCCUCCUCUUCGUCUUCCCCGGCGCCGGCGCCGCCCAGGGUGUACCGCGUCGAGCCCAGGGAGUUCCGGGACCUCGUGCAGCGCCUCACCGGCGCGCCAAGGCAUCCCCAAGCUCAGCCGCCCAUGGUGCCGGCGCCGAUGCCGCAGCCGGUCGCCCUGCGCUCCGCUCCCGGCGGCGGCGCCGGCGAGGAGGCCCAGGUGUUCGCGGCGGCGCCAUGGUGCUCGUUUCCCAUGCCCGGGUCGUCAGGGCUCGACGUGGCCCACCAUGGCAACGGCGCGCUCAUAUAGCCCCGCCGCCCGCCGCCGGUGUAGAUCUCAGGGGAGCUGCUCUGCUUUGUAAUUAAAGGCACUUUUUUUUUUAAUCUGCCGGAGUAUUUAGGAUUGCAGGCAGCCAACGUUUUAGUGACAUGGGGGCAAAACUGCAAACAUACUCCAAUACAACACUCCUUCUCUCUUGUAAUUUAGCCGUUUGAAGGAAAAAUAUAUAUGUUGAUUUAGGUCCUCGCACUAGUCUUAUGCAAUUUAGUGUAUCAACAGAACAGGAUGUAAUUAUAUACUCCGUAAGAGAGUCUGCCAUAGUGCCAUGAACAAAUUUGACACCUGCUAAUCAAGUAAUCAAUCAGUAGAGUCUGUA